CCUUAUUGUAAAGUGUUACCAAAUAUUCUCAUGAUGAUGAAUAAAUAAAUACUUUUUAAUACAUGAGUUUAUGAGUAUGAUAACAAACAUGUUAACAGUUAACAGAUCAUCCUAACAUGUAUAUGUGUAAUCACGUCACUAUAUUGCACUUCAUUUAGAUCAUAUGCAAACCAUUAGAAAUGCAUGGUCCAAGUGUUUUUCACAUACAUGUGCAUGCUAGCUAUUGCAGUUUGUGUGUCAGUGUGCAUAUGUGUGUGUUCUGGAGGUGGGGUGUAUUCAGUGCUAUUGGGGCAGGGAAGGGGUAUGUGGGGGUGAAAGUGUGGCCCCUCUGUCAUUGGCUCUUAGCCUAAUGUCACAUUAUGCGUCUCAUUGUGUCUUUGUGAUGCUGAGGAGUAUAAAUAAAGCCCUCUCAGUGUUCACACAGACACACAGUCAUUCGUUUCUGCAGACCUACGAACUAAGUUCUUAGAGAAAGUAGCUACGUCUUAGGUUGACUUUUGAAACUUUGCGCAAGUGGAUUGCUCUUGAGAGGAUUGCAAGCUCUCAACCAAGUUUUUGCAGAAACAACUUUAAGAUGGAUUCUGAUGCAAGCUCCACAUGCAGUCGGUCUUCUUCACCAGAGCUGGCUGUGGGCUCCAGCUUUUUCUCAAACAAGGUGUUUCAAGCUUACUGUGCAGAUAGAGAAACGGGGCAGUCCAGGCCUGAAAAAUCACCACAGAGCACCGGAUCCGGCGGAAAGAGCCGUACACGGGCCGAUCUCUCCAAAGACGGCCUGCAAGAUCUACGUCUCAAAGUGAACAGCCGCGAGCGCAAACGCAUGCACGACCUCAACCAGGCCAUGGACGGGCUCCGUGAGGUGAUGCCCUACGCGCAGGGCCCAUCUGUACGCAAGCUGUCGAAAAUCUCCACCCUGCUCCUCGCCAGAAACUACAUCCUCAUGCUGUCCAGCUCUCUGGAGGAGAUGAAGAAGCUAAUAGGUGAUGUUUAUGGAGCCAGUGGUCAGAGUCACUCAGCUAGACGGGUUCUACCGCCAACUUCAGCUGCCCCGGUGUCACAGUUGUCGCUGCUCUCGCUUGCCCCGUCUCUGCACUCUCUGGUGGGCAGCACUUCCCAGCACACCUCCACACCAACAAUGGUCCAAGCCCCUCAUUCUCCACCCUCGGCUGGAUAUCUGGGUUUCCCUGCUCCACCUCUUCCCACCCUGAUGAAAGACCCUCUGCAUCUCUCCAGCAGCUACAGGCAUUUCCCCGGCAUGCCUUGCCCAUGCUCCCUCUGCCAGCCUCUCCCUGCUUCCACAGCCAGCCUGCACAGCCUCCCCAUGGGGAAGUGAUUCAGGCGAGGCCCAGGCUCAAGGAUGGAGUAGGCCAAAGUUAAAAUACAGACUCAAGAAGAACUGAAAGCAUCUGGAUGUGUUUCUAGAAGUGUUGUAAACUUUGUAAAUGUCCUGUACAGAAUUUCUUUUCUAACAAACUGCUGCUAUUUUUAUAUCACAAAAUUUUUGUACUGUUAUAUAGCAUUUUUGAACAGUCACUGUAUGAACAUAUGUGCUUGUAUGUUCUUUGUAGCAAAAUGGCAAUUGAAAACAUAUAGU